GUGACGGAGCUCCAUGCUUCCCGCUGCCAGGCUCGGCACUGGCGGGGUGUUUGAAGACCGGAAGUGACGCCAUGUGUGUUUAGGAAGACGGAACGGUGUACUGGAUGCGGAGGAGAGCUGGCUGCGGGAUUUAUGACUAAUGUACACGGAAAACAUGAAAAGGAAAGUGGCCAAAGUCGCCCCACUGCGGCUCAGUCCAAAUGAAGAAGCUUUAAUCCUGAAGCAGGAACGGGAGAGGAGGAGGAAACUACGACUGCAGCAGGUCAGAGAACAGGAGAAGUUUAUCGCCCAGCAAAUCCGCCACGAUGUGAAGGAGCGGAGAGAUCAUCAGCUCCAGCAUUUGGCAGAGGAGCUGAGAAGCAAAUGGGAAGAAGCUCAGGCUGAGAAGCUCCGAGCUCUGGAGGAGGUCUAUCUGUCUGCACUGAAUGCCAUAGGAGAGGGACAUCGGCAGGCCAAGGAAAACGAGCCAGAUUUGAAGAAAAUUGAGCAAAUUCAAGCUUUGAACAAGGAGAAGGCUGAGCAGAGGCACAGAGAGGCCUUGCUGGAGCUAAAGCAACACAAACAGAAGGAACAUAAAGACCAGACCUGGCAUAUUAAAGCCCGUAGAAAAGCACUUGAAAUUGAAAAGGAGCGGGCAGCGAAAGUCGCCAGUCUGCCUCCACCGCCGCCAGAUCCACUUGAGAAUCUUGAAGUUGUGAAAAGGCCGCCAUUGGUAAAACUCUGCAAUGUAAACAGCUUCUCUGUGUCUCACUACCACUUGCCUGAAGCCUACGUGGAUCGAGAAAUGGAUACUGAGCAGCCUGAUGCCCGUUCAGCCGCAGUUGAGGAAGCAAAGCGUCUGGACGCACUUCAGAAAGAGGACGAGCGUGAGAAGCGAGAACAGAUGGAGAAGGCGGCACUUCGUGGAUCUUAUGCUUUAAAGAUGGUGCAUCUAACAGAGGAUCGGGACAGGCUAAUGAAAGAGCUGGAGCAGAUGCAGCAGGAAGAUCUUGGUCGUAGAAGACAGAUUGUUUCCCAGAUGCCUCCACAGUUGUUUGAGCCGGCCUACCGACGGGCAGAGAUCAAGGAGGAUUGGCAGAGGGAACUGGAGUCUGCCUUUGAGGACAUGUACACCAAAGGCACCAAAAUGAGGGGAGACAUGGUCCUGCAUCUGAAACCCCAACCUCUCCCAGACCCCACUGUUGCAAGUAUUGAUGGAGACCUUGAUUUGUCUGUGGAGCCAGAAGCUACAUCUGAAAUGGGGCCAGUUUCAGAAGACCACCAAGAAGCCAGAGACCCUCCGUCUCGACUGCUGCUGAGAAGAUUGUUGAACCGGAUAAGAACACAGAAGGACCAGUGGAGUGCUAAGAGCGAUGCAGAGACAGCAAGUGACACUCUGGAGUCUGGAUCAUUGCCAAUGGAGAAUGCAGCACAUGUUGAAUUGGAGGAUAACCAGCCUGAUGCUAAAGAAGCCGAUGACGUGACGGAUAACACUGUUCUGGCUGGAAAUUCUAUCCUUUUGCACCCCCAGGAGCAUGCUGCACUCAUCAGAAUAGAGACAGAGAGGAGGAAGGAGAUGGAAGGCCUGGAGCGACAAAAGAUGGAACAGCUGGAGUUGCUGAGAAGACUGGAAGAGGAGAGACAAGCUCUAGAGGAAGAAUACUACAGGGUACAGCAACAAAUGCUGAUCACUGGAAGAGGAGAGAUGGAACAGGAUAACAUUGCGACGGAAGAGGAGGAUAAGCAAACGGCCCCUGAGACCGAACCUGCUGAACCUUCUGUUUCGGAGGCCCAUGAGUCUGCUGAAAAUCUUCACAUUCAAAUGAUUCGAGAGUAUCAGCAACGUCUUGUUGAACAGAACAGGCUACAUAAGGAAUCUGUGGAUGAGGCACGGAAACGUUUAGAGGAAUACCAAAUACUAUUAAAGAAGCGAUAUCCACACUUAUCGAUAUCUCACCAAAGUACAUCUGAUAGGAGUAUGGACAGCCCAAAACCACAAGCCAUAGAGUAUCCGCCUUCAUCUCCUCCUCCUGCGAAUGUGAAUAAGUCUCCUCUUAGAAGUGAUUCACUUAAAAAUUCAGUUACCAUUAAGAAUAAUUUGGAACAGCGGCAUGAACCAAAUAUUUCUCACACUUCCAGGGCCUUGGAGCCUGAACAGAUGAGUCCAAGGAAUGGGAGUGCUUUGCAGAGUCCAGUAUUGACAGGUCCUAAAUUGCCUGGAGACUUCUUCCCCCAAGGUGGUGUGGACUCCAACAGACUUGCUGAUGAUAUCAGGAAUCUAGGUGGUGUACGUUCCUCACAGAGUGAUUUUGGGGAGGAAAGAAGUCUCCAGGAGACUUUACCUCAAACGCAUUUUCCUUAUCAGAGUCCCGAUCAAGAUGAUACUAGUUUUCUGCAUGCUGAAGCUGUUUGUGAGAAACAGUCAACUAUAUCUAGCCCUGGAGAUUAUGACACGUCAUCUAACACAACAUACCAUCCAUUGCCUUCAGAACUUUCUUUAGGUCUACCCCAAAUAGACCUUCCUGAACCAGCUAUCCCUUUGCAAGCGCCCAGAUUACGUGUGAUGGAGAACCAGCCAUUAGGAGAUUUUUCUAAUGUCCGUGAGUUCAGAGAAAGACUCCUCUCCUCCACCGUGGAGAUCAGAGCUCAGCAAGACCAUCUGAAGGCCAUGCAAGAUCAGCUAGACAAGCAACGGGAUUCUUUACUGUCCAAGCAAAAGAGCCAAGAGGACCAUCUCCUUCAGAAACAGAAGCAACUGGAAGAACAAAUGAGAAGACACCAAGAGUCGCUUGAAAAUGUUUUGGGCACCAGAGAGCCAGGACAGAACAAGUUGCCUACUGACUUCAACCAGAUUCCCAAGACGGAUCGUUAUCAUUUUAUGUCUACUCUUUUAGAAGCUCUGGAUGACAGUAGCCAAGAAGACCUCCGACUCAAACUUGGUAAUGACCUUAGUGUUCUCAUCAAACCUCCUGGAAGAGAGCAAAGAUGGAGACCUUCAAAGCCACCUGUUACAAAAACCAAACUUGGCCCAUACCUUGAGCAACAUGAGCUAAGUGCCAUCAUGGAAGUGGAGACGCCAACUAGCGGCCGACUCUCUAGCUCAGGACUAGCCAAAAGCCAUGGGACUCUAACAGGCCUGAAUGAUGCUAGAGCAGCAGAAGUCGUCGGUCGUCCAGACAAUAGUCACAGAGAUCUGGAUGUUUCUGAACUGUCGAUUACCAGCAUGGACCAGAGUGGUAAUGAGAGCUCAAACCAAAGCAGCGGUAAAUUAUCCUGGAGAGAAAUGUUAACUCUAGAAGCGUCACAUGAUCCCAGCAACACAGACAACCCACAUAGCCCAGCAACACCCGGAUUCCCUGCUGGUGAUGGAACAGAGCCUUUCCGUAACCACUCGGCUACACAGUGGGCGUCAACACUUGGGAAUGCAACGCAUGGACGGAGCCCAGAUGGCAGCAGUGACUAUUUGUCCACAACCACCUUAUCAACUGGCAGUUUCCUGACCAGUGAGAAGACGGACACCAGUCCUGCGAACUCUGAUGCCCAGUCAGAAUUGCAGAGAUGUGACUAUUCUGUAAUUGGGACACCCAGGGAUGGUAGUUCCAGUCUAUCAGCAGCCAGAAUGGGUAUUCCAUCUGAUAUGAGAUGGCGUGAUUACCUGACCCCCGUCGAGAACAGAAGCCACAUCCAGCAGAUCAUAGACAAAUACACUAAAGACCUUCAUGUGUCUCUUGCGAGGAACUUGAGCUUUCAUACUCCUGAGGCUGUCGUGGACACUUCACCUUUCUACCCCUUGGAUCCAAAACCAGAUUUUGAUGUGUCUUCUUCAUAUGAUCAUUCAAACCCCUCCAACCAGGGCUCCCAUGAUGCCAGCAGCCAAGAACACUUGUUACAGAGGAAUCGUCUGUCCUCUCUACACAACAGUGCUGAUUUCAGGUCCUCUGAGAACAUGAACUUGUCCAGAAGUUCGCCUAGAUGUUUGGCUGAAGCCGCAGAUUCUUCUGGGUCUUUUCUGCCACUGCAUCCUGAAAAUACAUUUAAUGAAGUAAAUGUGAGCAACCAGAAUCAGACAGCCUAUAGAACUUUGGCUCAGGCCCCAGACAGUGUAAAUACUGAUGCACCAGAUGCCUCCCUGGUUUCCCGCCUGCGUCCGUUCGAGCAAAGCUCCAUUCCUGUCCAUGCCGGGCUACAUUACACUUCUGGAACCCAGACCGGUCAAAGUGUAGCAGAGGAUUCUGGGUCUUUCCACGAGCUGAUGGCAACCAAGACAACUAUAAAUGAUUCAGAAUUUUCAGAGCAUCCAAACUCUUAUACUCUGGAUAAAAAUAAUUCCCGAUCAGUUCGUUUUGAAGAAUUGCCCCUUGUACAUAAAGAGCUUGAGAGUGAAAAAGAUUCCGGAACUGCUGGUCAUUUUUCACCAGACUAUACAAAGCAAGAAAACAUUGUUGUUCCCAGACAAGGGACCACCUCUGGAAGAGAUACAGGACCGGACUCUUCUGACCAAACGCAAGGAUCUGAGAGCUUUUCCCAGGGAUCUCACUGUGGAUCCUCAAUCAACUUCCUUCCAAGUACCAUAGGCUCUUCUGCUGGAUCUUUGCCAAGCUUUGGUUACACAUGGGAUUCAGGUUCAGCUCGUGGGAUACUUGAAGAACCAGAUUUAACUCUGCUGAGCCUAAAUGACAGCAGCAUUGUAUGCUCAGAGCCGACCAUCACACAAAACUCUGUCUCUGCUCCACAGGAAGAGAGGAACUACUCCCAGCAUAGCUUUAAGCUGCUGCCAGCUGAGGUGGAUGCUUCAGGUGUUACAUUACCUGAUCAGUCUUCACUGGGAGGAUCGCUGUCACAGCACUUUGCAGAAUUAGGUUUGGAAUUUACAUCUACGCCAGGAACUCUACAGGAAGCUUUUUUUAAAAAGAAGAAACAUUUCAUUGAAAAAUCAUCAAAAAGGAUUCAAGAAAUCAAGAUUAAAGAUAGAGUACCAACCAGCUCACCACUGAAAUCACAACCAAAGGACAAUCCUGUUCGCCAAGUGGAAGAACAGAGCAGUUUUGACACAUCACAGGGUGAAGGGGGCCAAUUGAAGAAAGUGGUUGAAGUCAGAGUGAUCACUCCAGAGGACAAAAAAUUGUCUGAGAUAGAGAUGCACCAGCGUACUGUAAGGUUAUACAAUCGGCUUGAUGAAGUUAAAACCAGGAAAGAAGAGAGAAUUAGACAGGAGGCCUAUGCCAAGAACAGGGAGAAGGCAAAAGAGUUUAAAAAAAGGACAUUGGAAAAGCUGAGAGCCAACAAGAUGAAGUAGCAA